AACAAAAUGGCGGAGGCUUCGAAAUCUACAACGAGCGAACCAGCCAAAACAGAGGGAGAGAUGAGAAGAAGUAAACGCGUGAGUCAGCCAUCUAAGAGAAUGUUGUUGUAUUUUCAGGACACAGAUUCAGAUUCAAGUCUACAGAAGGGUAAAGGAAAACGUCCUGCCAGAAAGAUCCAGAAAGUUGAUACAUUAGCAACAACAACUAAGGGGACACUCGAACACCAUAGCACGUCUGACGAUGAACCUGUACUGGCUUUUGUUCCUUCAAGUUCUGAUGAGUCUGAAGGAGAACCACUCAGUGAGAGAGAGGAUGAUUUAAGAACCAAACGAAAGGGAAGGAAAAGAGGAAGUAAGAAAGUGAAAGGGCGCUGUUAUGACCAUGAAGAACAAGAAAGAAUUCUUGAAUAUAGAAAAGAACAAGAACGAAAAUCUAAGGAAAUAAUUGAAAGUCUUACAGUCACCGAAAGGAAAGAAUUUAGAUAUUGCUAGAAUUUUAUCAAAAAGGAAAGAGAAAAAGGAACAAGAUCUGUGUCCAGUCCGUAGUGGUGCUCUUGUCACAGAUGCCCACAAUACGAGAGAGUGGAAGAUCGAGUUUGCUGUGGGAUGGUCCCAGAAUUAUGCUCAAGUCAAAGAUCUGAGAUGCUGGAUAGGAUGACCCUCUACAGUCAGCAGCAGUAUCGACAAGAUGUGUUUUCCUUUUCUGCAGAGACACUAGAAGAUGUCAAUAAAUCUUUCAGACAUGCUGCAUACAGACAAUUUACCAUCUUAAUGCAUGGGAAACUGACUGCUGGAGACAGAAGAACUGUCUAAGCAUGUUGUGUUAAAUUAAUAAGGGAGAAGUUUCCUAGUCUUUCAGGCCAGUAUACAGGCUUCAUACCAGGUGAAGGCCCAGUGUUCUAACAAUUUUGCAUAUUUAUGCCCCUUUCGAAGAAGAGGGGGUUUAUUGUUUUGCACAUGUCGGUCCGUCCACCAGAUGGUUUCCAGAUGAUAACUUAGGAACGUUAAGACCUAGGAUCAUGAAACUUCAUUGAUCAUUACUGGUGAUCAUGACUGGCAAAUGACCCUUAUUGAUUUUCAGGUCACUAGGUCAAAGGUCAGUGACUAGAAACAGUAAAACGGUUUCCGGAUGAUUACUCAAGAAUGCUUACGCCUAGGAUCUUGAAACUUAAUAAGUAAAUUGAUCAUGACUGGCAGAUGACCUCUUUAAAUUUUCAGGUCACCAGGUCAAGGUCGCAGUGACUCGAAACAAUAAAAUGGUUUCCGGAUGCUAUCUCUAGAAUGCUUACGCCUAGGAUCAUGCAACUUCAUAGGUACAUUGAUAAUGACUGUCAGAUGACCCUUAUUGAUUUUCAGGUCACUAGGUCAAGCUCACAGUAACUCGAAACAGUAAAAUGGUUUCCUGAUGAUAACUCAAGAAUAAUAAGGCCUAGGAUCAUGAAACUUCAUGGGUACAUUGAUCAUGACUGACAGAUGAACCCUAUCAAUUUUCAGGUCACUAUGUCAAAGGUCAAGGUCACAGUGACAAAAAACGUAUUCACAUAAUGGCUGCAACUACAACUGACAGCCCAUAUAAGGGGCAUGCAUGUUUUACAAACAGCCUAGUUGCUAUUCUUUUUCAUUUAUCAGACAUAGAACUUUCUUAGUUUUGAUUAUUUUUUGUUCUGGCUCCUUUUUUGAAACAUUUAUAUUUAUGCAAAUCAUUUGAAUUAUGCUUAAUCAUUUGAAUAUUUCAGUUCUAUGCAUUUUGUUUUGAAAUACCAAUUUGUGUGAAAUGUGCUAGUUUAUUAUUAAAACUUGCACAGCAGUUUUUACAUUUGUAUGCUUACUUUGGUGUCAUUUGAAUGAAAUGCCAUGAGUACUCUGGAUUGUAAGAUGAAAGAAAUAAAAGAAGCAAUGCCAUAUUUCUUAAGAAUACUAUGUAAAUAAACUAAUUGAAUAUCAAAAUUCAUUUCUUGUAUACUUAUUUUAUUUUCUUGUUUGAACUUAAUAGUUUGAUUUUUACACUUUUUAGCUCACCUGAGCACAAUGUGCUCAUGGUGAGCGUUUGUGAUCGCCUUUUGUCCAUCGUGCAGCGUCUACAUUUGCCUUGUUAAAACUCUACGGGCCUCAUUUAUUGUCCAAUCUUCAUGAAAUUUGGUCAAAAGAUUGGUCUCAAUGAUAUUUUUGAUGAGUUCGAAAAUGGAAACGUUUGCUUGAAAAGACCGUCCAUAAAAAACAGUCAAUAGUGUAUUACCUGUUUGUAUUCUGAUUUUUUAUAUCUUUUGCUUGUAUUCAAUUUUAAGUUUGCAUUUUGAUUUUUUUAUUUUGCCCCCCUUCGAAGAAGAGGGGGUAUGUUAUUUUGCUUAUGUUGGUCCGUCCGUCCACUGAAUGGUUUCCGGAUGAUAACUCAAGAACGCUUACGCCUAGGAUCAUAAAACUUCAUAGGUACAUUAAUCAUGACUCGCAGAUGACCCCUAUUGAUUUUCAGGUCACUUGGUCAAAGGUCAAGGUGACUAGAACCAGUAAAAUGGUUUCCGAUGAUAACUCAAGAGCUUACGCCUAGGAUCAUGAAACUUCAUAGGUACAUUGAUAAUGACUGGCAGAUGACCCCUAUUGAUAUUCAGGUCACUAGGUCAAGGUCAGUGACAAAAAAAAUAUUCACACAAUGGCUGCCACUACAACUGACAGCCCAUAUGGGGGGCAUGCAAGUUUUACAAACAGCCCUUGUUUAUUCUUAUUUCGAGUCAUUAUGUUUCACACUUGAUAUUUUGUUAGAUUAGGUUUCUUAAAUAACAUUUCAAACUAUGACAUAUGCUAAUGCAUGAUUAAACAUUUCGAAAUCAAUAAAAAAGCAACAUGUUGCUGUUGAAAAUUUGAAAAAUAGUAUCUUAUUAUUGUUCAACCAUGUUUUGUAUCUUGUGUGCUUUCGUUAUGUAGUAACCUGUGCAGACCGUCUACAUUUUAGCUCGGCCGAGUCUUUCAUAUC